AUGGUUGUUCCAUCCGCCCAAUCCGUCACCUCCGUUGCCCUCUGCCCACCAUCCAUUUGCUCCUUCCAUUCCUUCCAUCCGAACCCCCGUUCCGCUCCCGUCAACUUUGCUAAAGACGAAAAACGAGCUAUUUCUCUUGACGUCUUCAUGGAUGCCGAUAGGUUCUCAAUGAUCGUCAACAAGAAACACCGUAGCGUUGUCAACAACGUGCUGCUCCCAUGGCUAUCAGAAGAUGAUGAGGAAAACUUCUGGAAGUGUUUUGGAAACAACGAUGAAGUGGUUCCGCCGAAGACAUCGGAGACACCUGCUCGACUCAUCAAGAAGGAUAUUUCCGAUAAAGAUGAGAAGAAGAAUCAAAUGGUGACGUUGAAACUCAUCACUCCUUCCUCAAUCUCUAUUCGGAACUAUCCGAUCCACCCAUCGAAGACUGCCAGGAUACCUGCUCCACUCCCCAAGGAUCAAUUGGAACCUUCUGCCAAUGCAUCUUCGUCCCUCCCACUUACUAUUGACACCUCAAUUCCACCACCCUCCUUCCUCACACCACCAACGUCCGGACCCGCCUCGCCAUCACUCACUGCCGAAAAACCGUCAUUCGCCUUCAACGUUGGAGUCGUCAAUGCUCCAACUGCAGGAGUACAAGUCGCCAAGAAACACCUACUGGAAAAUGAAGACGCCUUCGAGAUGUACGUUGAUGAGAGCAAGCCGAAGAAGAUCAAAGUCUUCUCACCAGAAGAAAUCAAGAAGCAGUCGAGUCUAGUUGAUGAGUGGAAGCGCAAGAUUCAGGAGUCCCUUUAA